AUGAAUAAAGUACGUCGAAGGAUACCUGAAAAUCUCACAGAUUUCCUGAACUAUUUGCCCAGUUUAUCACAAAAUAAUUAUGAUACCCCACUAAGUUAUAUUAUCUGGAAAGCUCUAGAUACGUGUCUUUCAACGGAUACGGAUCUGGUGGACUGGAACUCCAUAAUCAGUCCCUUUUACAGUGAAAAUUGGACAAAUGGUAGCUAUCAGGCAGUUUUAAGCAACGAUAAUUGGAAAAAAAUCAAUUUCGAGGAAAAUACUGGCAAUGAUCAUGUUGGAAUGAGUUGCGGCAGACAAUGUUUCAAUAAAGAUCUCGUUUACUAUUGCUUCACAUGCACAAGAAGCCCUUUUUAUGAAAUUUGUGAGUCCUGCUUCGAUGAAAGUAAGCAUAUUGGUCACUCUUAUGUGGUUAAGGUGAUCAAUCAAUCACAGGGAAGAAUCUGCCAUUGUGGAAAUCCUGCCGUGUUCAAGAAUGCCGAUGAUGCAUUUAAGUGUAAAAAUGAUGCAAAUAACACAGCACAAACAUUGCCACCAUCAGGCCUGCAUCAUAAUGUCUAUCACACUGUAAGCAUAGUAUUAGAUCAUAUUAUUGGGAUUCUAACCUACUUAAAAGAACAAAACCGUCAUGAGAAUAACAAUUCACGAGACCACAAUAACAAUAUCACUAAUAAAACGUCUAUUUCGAGCAGAAUGAAAUAUCCUAACUUAUAUGAUGAGCUAAAUAGAUCAAACAGUAACGCUAAUGAAGAUGAACGAUCUGUUAAUUAUAUGAUACAGCGACAAUACGAACAAAAUAACAAUUUGGAACAAAAAUGGACCUUACAAAUAGAAGAGGAAGAUUGCAAAAUGCAACAAAGGGAUUUUGCAAAAUGUUUGAUUGACAUUCUUGAUACACCGAUGGAAUAUGCCGUAAACAUUAUAGAUAUGAUAGAUUCAGUCCAUUCAGCCGUCACUAUAUUAGAAUCAAAUGAUUUUAUAAAACUCAAACAGAUACAACAGGAAUUUUACGAGCAGAAUAUUACAUUAUAUAUAAGAAGGAAACAUGAUGUCUUCAAAAAAAAGCUGGUUGAGGAUCUUUCAGAAUGGCUUUAUAAUUUAUGCCUUGACAGAAGAACGCCAUUUCACGUAAAAACUACAAUACGACUUUCUCUAUUAGAAUUAUGGCAAUGCAAAUUUGACUUAACUGAAGGGUUCCCUGAAAAUAAAAAGAUUAGUUUAUUUGGUAACUUCUUUGCUCCCAAUAAGAAUGUUUGGUUUAAUCCAUGGCCCAUCAAUGACAUGCACGAUUCUCAUAUAACCAAAAUUAUGCAGGACUAUAAUAUUAAUAUUAUUAAUUCAACGUCCCACAAGAUUAAACCACAAAUGUGUUCAAUACGAGGCUCACGGCUACAAUAUCUUCUGACCGAAUGUACUACAAAUCUUUCAAAAUUUGCGAGCUUAAGAUUCAUCAAAAUAAUCUCUACAAUGUUCAGCAUUUGUGAUGAGGUUAAGAAAUUCCUAGCGCUACAAUAUUUUGAUGUUUAUUUACAUAUUCUUUAUAGUUCGGUCUCAUCUGAAAGAUCGAAAUUAAAUGGGUUUUUGAUGCACCUCCUGUCGCAGUACACUGUACAAGACCCAGAAAUAGCCAACCUAGCAAUAAUAUCUGGUUUCAUAGAGAAAGCUUUGAAGUUUUCUCUUAAUUUACUGUGUUUUAAGGCUGAAGAUCUGGAUUCAAAUCGCCAUUUAUAUCUAAUUGAUGAAUUUACUUUACCAAAAGAUAGCAUCAAAAACAGAAAAGUGAUUAUUUGUUUUCAGAACCUUUGUUCGCUACUGUUAUGCCACACAAUACCCAAGGAAGUACUUGAGAGACGGGAAUUAUUUCUUGCAUUAUUGAAAGUGACUUCAGAAUUUGAUAAUAUUCUUCCAUUAAAAAGAGAAACUAAUGAACAUGUCGAAUUUGAAAAUUUCGAUUUUUCACUAUAUUAUAUUUAUUUUACUUACAUUUUGAUGAUGGUAGAUGCUUACUCUCGAAGCCUAUCCCAAAUUAAAGAUGUAGAAGAAAGAAAAAUUACAAUAACAAGAUUGCUCAACACGAUUUCUGAUAAAGAGAUUAAAUUAUAUCACAAAUUCAAAAACUCACCCGAUUUUAAUUCGACAUUAUCUGAAGAUGGAGAAAAACCAAAUAUUGAAGCCAUUUUUUCAUUAAAGGAAAAGAUAUGCAAUUAUGUCACGGACACGAUAAAUUUUCAAGUUGGUGUAGAUACCCAAAAUUUUUUUAAUCCUAUGUCAUACUUUUUUAGGUUUGUAGUUCAGUGGGGUGGAUGUAAUAAAGAAGAAUCUAAUUCAUCAAGUUUGACUGUGCCUUUCAAAUUUCAAGAAUUUUUGGCGAAACAACACACAUCGUUGUUGGUUUCUGAGGUGUCUCUGUCGACUUUGGUGCUGAUUGGGCAAAUUAAUACAGGUUUCUGGGUGAGAAACGGUACUCCAAUUACACACCAACUUAGAUUAUACACUAAAUAUGGGAUGAGAGAGUUUGCAUACUCCAGUGACCUAUUCAACGUACAGGUUAAGAUGUCUAUGACAGAUCCUAAUGCGUUCAUGGUUACAUUCUUGUCGAGGUGGGGUCUGAAACAUUGGGCGAAUGGUGUUCCUAUGGGUGACUAUCCCGAUGAAGACACCACUAUUGGUAUUGUGGGUGAAUGCCUUCUCUUACUGAUACAACUGUUCAGUGAAAUAAAGUCUUUAACUUCAUCGACUCCAGAGGCGUCCCUUGAAAAGGCUUUCAAAGACGAAAUCAUAAAUGGCAUCGGAUUUGAUACUUGCACGUAUAGUAAGAUAAGAAAUACUCUACCAGACCAUAUUGGGGGUCAUCCAUUGUUUGACGAUCGUCUGGAACAAUACAGUGACUAUCUCCCCCCAAAAAGUUUGUCCGACACAGGAACAUUCAAAUUGAAAACUAAGUUCAGGAAAGAAGUUAAUCCGUAUUACUUUGGACUGGCUAAUAACAAAAGAUACGAGGUUGAAAAGAAGCUUAGAACUUAUAUGGCAAAGGUAGGGGACGUGAAUUUCGACGAUACUUUUAUUCCUGCCGGAAACUUCGCCGAUUUAUUGAAAUCAACAAUCUACAGUGGAUUAUAUUCUAUCUCAUCCGUGGAUACAUUUGGCUUAUUCUUGAAACACACUUUAGAUCAUAUCAAGAAGGGUAACUACGAGACACUGCUAUCAAGGUCUGUCCAUUUAAUUCACAUCUGUGUCGUCAACAACCUUAACGAAUUCAUGAAAAUAUUUUGGCGUGAGUACGCCGUUGUAGAUACCGAAUAUUAUCAUUAUCACAGCAUUGGAUCUAUUCUGUACUACUUUUUAUCAGUUGAUGACUUUUCAUAUGUACAUGGAAAAAUUCGAGAAAUUUUCAGUUUUAUGAAAAUAGUGGCACCUCAUAUCGACAUUAACAGCUAUUUAAGAGAACAAACAGCCUCUUUCAACCCUGAAGUAUUGUGGAUUUUCGAUAAGUCCUAUACCCGCAAAAAUGAAGGCAGGGAAAGGAAGAAACUUCUGGCUAUAGAAAGAAGGGAAAAAAUACUGAAGAAAUUGGCUAAACAACAAAUGAAAUUUAUCGAAAAUAAUCACUUUACUUCCCAGGAUAAAGAAGAAUACGCUGGAAGUGAUGAUUCAUCGCAAGAAGAGAUAAACAAACUAGGCUGGAAGUAUCCUGACGACGGUUGUGUCUUUUGUAAAAUGAAAAAAGAAGACGACGCAUUUGUAUACUUUUCUUACCUAGAGCAGAAUAUUUGCGAUCAUGGGGUUGAUUUUCCUGAUACAAUCUACAUGAAAAAUGUUUUUAACAGCAUGAUUGGACCAAAUAUUUUCAAGAACAUAUCAGCAGGUACAAAAUUGAUCGAGAAUAAGCCUGUUCUUAGAACAUGUGGACAUGGUUCGCAUAUACGUUGUCUUGGCACUCAUAUGAAAAGUGCUCGUUCUACACAAAGUCAUACUACAAAAAAUACACCAGUUGCAUAUGGCUAUGGUCUGAGUUACUGUCCAGUUUGUAAUUCUCUAAGCAAUUGCUUUCUUCCAAGGUUGGAAGAUUACAGUGAUCAGAAGAUGGAUGAUUUUUUUGAGAAUAAUCAAAAUAUAAUAGAUGUAACGUCAGAGUUAUUAGUGUCUACGGCUAAAAAGACACUUAUGAUCUUCGAAGAUAUGGAAAGGGGUGAUGAUCAGGAUACAGGUUACAAGGAUAUCAAAGUUAUUGACAGACUCUUAGCUGAUACUGUGCGGAAUAUGGAACUACGUUUAAGAUGCAAAUCACACAAUCAAAAGGAUACUAAUGAAAUGAUAAAAAAUCAGUGCGCGCUAACUUUGAAAUUGCUAGCAGGUUUCAAGCUUUUUCUGCAGAGAUAUUGUAUUUCUGAAAGUUUCGAAGAUUUGAAGCACAUCAAUUGGAAGAAAGUUAUUUAUGCUUCAGAUAAUAAUCUAUUGUACGCCGGUUGUAAAAUUCUUGGAACUUAUAACCAAGAACCAUCAACAUCGAUAUUAAAUUUGAUGAAAAGAGAAUUUCAUAAAAGUUUCAUGGUUUUAAUUAUGAACUUAGUGCAGGUAGAUUUUUAUAAUUCUACUAAUGUGGCAAUGAAACCGUGGAACAGUGAAAUAACUUCGCUACCGAUUAAAUCCAAGUCAUUUUUUCGUGUUUUCCAAGCUUACCUUUCUUUCUAUUUAUAUGAUACGAGAAAUAUUAAUCAAAGCUGUAUUGUAAAUCAUGCUUACUUGACAAUGGCUGAAUGUCUGAAAACCUUUUUACAGAGGCUUUACUUUAUAUUCAGGGCAUUUUAUUCCAUUGAAAGUGAUCAUAAAGGCCGCUCGAAAUUUGCUAAUGAAUUUGAGUUUUUACUAUCCUAUUUUAGGAUCCCAAAUAUCAGAAAUUUCAGUGAGUUUAUUGACAGUUUUGCACAGAAUGACAUUGAUGAAAUAACCAUGCUAAUGCAUAAGGUGACAAAAGGAGAAGAAAAAGCCUCAAUUAUGAUUCAUAAUCUGAAAAAUAUAAACUUCAAUUCUUUUGCACCGUUCAAGUUCAUUGAUUUGCCAAAAAAUUUAUCAGAAUUCUAUAGAAGAGAAGAAAGCAAAUGUAUUUAUAGAAUAUUAGAAUACGAAUCAGCAAUAUGCCUAUUAUGUGGUGAAAGAUUACACAUUCAAAAGCCAUUCCCGCUGUAUGGGUAUUUAUAUGGCGAAUGUACUAGUCACGUCAGAAAAAAUUGUAAGGCAACCUCGAUCUACGGUGUUUUCCUAUUAAUUGAUACAAACGUUAUUUAUCUGUCAUACGGAACGCGAGGGUCAUUUUAUCGUACACCAUAUUUAAAUAAGUACGGUGAACCUGAUGAAGAAUUCAAAUUUGGGAACCCAGUGUACCUAAACAAAUCAAGAUAUGAACAUUUAAGCAACGAUAUUCUGAUGGGAAAUAUGAUACCGCACGUCGUCUUUAGACUGAGUGAAGGAAAUGCAGACUUAGGUGGAUGGGAGACGAUGUAG